AUGAAAACAUCAUCGUCUUCAUUAAUAAAAAUAGUUUCAUGGUGCCAGCGAACUAGGGAACUUUCAGGUUUCAAUGUCAGUCAUUUACAGCUUGCCGAUCGCGUGGAUCCAGCAACCGUAGCUCGUAACUGCAAACUGUACAUCCGAAAAGAUAGUGGAAAACUUGUCAUAAAAUAUUUCUGCUUUCAAGCAUCAAUUUCUAUGCGAAUGUUGAAAAUGCGAGGAGUUCGAAAUGUACUUCUUGCUAGUGGAACACUCUCUCCCAUCCAAGCAUUCACCUAUAACAUGGGACUAAAUUUCGGAGCUAUUCUUGAAAACGAGCAUGCUUUGAAACAAGUUCCAGUUUUGACAUCUAUCGUGACUCGUGGAAAACAUGGAGGACUUGUCGGUUCUUUCCAGAAUCGAAAGAACAUUGAAUAUGUGUCAGAUGUAGGCGAAUCACUGAUUCGUGUCAUGGAAACGACUCCACAAGGAGUUCUCGUUUUCUUUUCCUCGUACUCACAAAUGGACGAAUUGGUAGAGGUGUGGAAAAAAACAAAACGAGGAGCAUCAGAUUCGCCUGAAACUUUUUGGGAAAAAAUGGAGAAGACCAAGAAAAUUGCGGUGGAACCGAGAGCAAAAGAACAACUAGCUGCUGUUCGAUUGAGAUAUACACAGGGUGUAUCAGAACCUCACGGAGCAGCUUUACUGGCAGUUUGUCGAGGAAAAGUUUCAGAAGGAAUCGAUUUCUGUGAUGCAGAGUCAAGAGCCGUCAUCAUUGUUGGGAUCCCGUAUCCACCGAUUCAUGACGAGCGAGUUGUAUUGAAGAAAAUGUAUUUGGAUGAUUUAAUGGGAAGAAAGGAUUUGGUGAGGGUGUUCAACUUUUUCUCUGAAAAUUUGAAUUUUCAGACAAACGAACCGCAAUCGUCUCGUGAUUGGUAUCAAAUGGAAGCUUUCCGAGCAGUCAAUCAAGCGAUUGGUCGUGUUCUUCGUCACAAAAAUGAUUUUGGAACAGUUGUGUUGAUCGAUACACGAUAUGCAUCUGCCAAACCUGAAAUGUUUCCAAAGUGGUUAAGAAACACAAUUAGUCGUUGUGAUUCUAAUAACUGUGCUCUCAAAACUGCCCGGUUUUUCAAGGAAAGAGGUCACUUGAUUGAGGUAAUUUUUAUAUUCUAUAAAAUUACGAAUUUAAUGUUUCAGAAUUCGAAAUCAGAAUAUAUCAAGAAACAAGCAAAGACUUGCAAAUCAUUCAGACAAGUGAAAUCUCAAAGCGCUUCGAAUCCAAAAGAUGACAUCACGGAUAUUACGUUAGAAGACAUGUUCUCCCCGGCGAAUAUGAAGAUUGAGAAGAAAGAAAAGAUUGAACCACGUCCGAUUAAAUACGAUUCUUCUUCAUCGUCUGUUUUCAGUCUCCCCACGAAUGAGGAUGAGUUGAAAGUCAAGAAAUGGGAGCAGGAAAACGAUUCCCAAACAAAUGUAUCAAGUUCUUCUGAUUUGAAUAAGCGGAAGUAUAAGGCUGAAACACCAGGAAAUUCAUCUGGACAACACGUAGUCUCCGGAUCUGAACCACCGAAAAAGAGAAAGAUGGUUCUUUUGACUCGCGAAACCCUUCCGGAGAAAUACCAGAAUGCUCUCAACAUUCCAACUUCGGAACUUACGAAAGGAAUGUCGCUUGACAAUCAGAAACAAUUUGUUGCCACUCUCAAAGGAUACAAAGCAACCAAUAUGGAAUGGCAAGAAGUUUUUCAGCGUCUCCAUCAGAUUUUUAUUCCCGACCGACCAGAUCUAUUUAUCAGUUGUUCCAACAUUUUGAGAUCGGAAGAUAAGAUGAAAUACAUUCGAAGAUCAUUGGGAAUGAAGAUUAACUACUAA